CCUCGAACCUUACCAAACAGCUUAGCCGAAAAUUGCAAAGAGGAGGAAAAAAACACAAACAAAACCAAAUUAAUUCAAAGAAUAAGGCGCUACUGGAUUGUAUGGUCUGAAACAAAUUAAUUUAACAAUGGCCGCGCGGAUAGGACUCGGACCUGUAACAGCUCACCGAGCGGCCAUGGCUCCUCCUUCUCUUUCUCUCUAUUCCUUCUCAUCUCUUCAUCCCACUCCUAACAUCAUCUUCUUCAGUAGGAGAAAACAUGUUGGACCCGACCAAUUCCGAACUCAACACCGAUCCUUUAUUACUCUUCCUCCGCUCAGAGUUUCUGCAGCAGCAUCUAUACAAGAAGAAGCAUCUCCAGCCUCUCCUGAUACAUAUGGGGGUGUGGAAAAUUUGGUAAUUAUAGGUUCUGGUCCAGCUGGAUAUACUGCUGGGAUUUAUGCAGCUCGUGCCAAUUUGAAACCUGUUGUGUUUGAAGGGUAUCAAGUCGGGGGUGUUCCUGGUGGACAGUUGAUGACUACCACUGAAGUCGAGAAUUUUCCCGGGUUUCCUGAUGGAAUUACUGGUCCAGAUUUGAUGGAUAAGAUGCGCAAACAAGCCGAGCGUUGGGGGGCUGUGCUUUUCCAAGAAGAUGUGGAAUUUAUUGAUGUGAAGACACGGCCGUUUACUAUAAGGAGUACUGACCGCAAGGUCAAGAGUCACAGUGUUAUUAUAGCCACUGGGGCUACAGCUAAAAGGCUCAAUUUACCUCGGGAAGAUGAGUUUUGGAGUAGAGGAAUCAGUGCUUGUGCAAUAUGUGAUGGGGCGUCACCACUUUUCAAAGGGCAAGUUCUUGCUGUAGUUGGAGGAGGAGAUACAGCUACAGAGGAGGCAUUAUAUCUAACGAAAUAUGCUCGGCAUGUGCAUUUACUCGUACGUAGAGACCAGUUGCGGGCAUCAAAAGCAAUGCAAGAUAGAGUUAUCAACAAUCCAAAUGUUACAGUGCACUUCAAUACAGAGACAGUGGAUGUCGUCAGCAACAGCAAAGGGCAGAUGUCCGGUGUCUUAAUUAGAAAUAUUGAUUCUGGGGAGGAAUCAGUACUUGAGGUAAAGGGCUUAUUUUAUGGUAUAGGCCAUACUCCAAACAGCGAGUUGUUGGCGGGCCAAAUUGAACUUGAUAGUUCAGGCUAUGUGUUAGUCAAGGAGGGGACUGCAGAAACUUCUGUCCAAGGUGUAUUUGCAGCUGGAGAUGUACAGGAUCAUGAAUGGAGGCAAGCCAUAACUGCAGCUGGAACAGGAUGUGUAGCUGCUUUAUCUGUUGAGAGAUAUCUUGCAAGCAAUAAUCUCCUUAUUGAGUUUCACCAGCCCAAAACUGAAGAGGUUAAGAAAGACCCGACUGACAGGGAUGUACAGGAGCGGUUUGACAUCUCCCUUACAAAGCACAAGGGACAGUACGCACUACGGAAGUUGUAUCACGAAAGUCCAAGGCUCAUAUGUGUGUUGUAUACUUCGCCAACAUGUGGUCCAUGUAGGACCUUGAAGCCAAUUUUAAGCAAGGUGAUAGAUGAGUUUGAUCAGAAUGUUCAUUUUGUUGAAAUUGAUAUUGAGGAAGAUCAAGAGGUAGCAGAGGCAGCAGGGAUUAUGGGCACACCGUGUGUACAAUUUUUCAAAAAUAAGGAUAUGAUCAGGAAUGUAUCAGGUGUGAAAAUGAAAAGAGAGUACAGAGAAUUCAUUGAGGCUAACAAAUAAGUUAGCUUCCCCCUUGAGAUAAUCUCAGUAUCAUAAAAAGUGCGCAGAGUACUCAUUCAAGUAGUUUCGGGGUUCACUCCAUAUCCUACCAUCAAAGCAAAGCUACUGAAAUGAUGCCCGUUUUGUUGUUGUAAUUUUGUGAUGAGGCACCCCACUGUUAUGCAAUUUACAGGCAUUAAUUGAACCAUUUUCAUUCUUAAUCUCAUUACCCAUAUUGCGUACCAUGGAUCCCAAUUAAGGAACUACAAUCAGUGAUUUUGGUGAAGAUAAUCUCGAUCUCUAUUGUCCGCUGCAUUACAUGCGGAAACUAUAUAAGUAGUGCUCUGCCUCCGAGACAUAUAAUGUAAAUGUGUUCUUUACAAAAAUAAAAUAGAUUGCG